AACUAUUCGACACAGCUCUCGACAUAGCUACAACUUGGUCGCAAAGUUGUAACUCGACGAGAUGACGGAUAACCUCUUCAGAUACGCCAAGGCUGUCAAUCCGGACCGGGACCUGCCGUCGGAUGUGAAGCUUGUACACAAUCAACACACCAUGACGAUAUUCGACUUGUACCCGAAGGCAAAAUACCACUUCCUCGUCCUCCCACGUCUCCCGCUAGUACUCCCAACCAACACCUCACCCCCAGACAAGAUCGACUUCUUCCCUAUAGACCUCGUCUCCCUCUCCUCCCUUCUUCGUCUCAACCGACACAAGAAAUCUCCAGAAACCGCCUCGCCUCCGAUGAUGGUACUGGAAAAGCUCAAAGAAGCCGCUGAAGAAUGUGUAGCUAUGAUCAAGGAUGAGAUGUUGAAGACGGAAGGCUUCAUUUGGGAUAUCUGGGUCGGCUUCCAUGCUGUACCUAGUAUGAGGCACGUCCACCUACAUAUAAUCUCCUCCGACCUGAUAGGCCGCGGCCUGAAAAAGAAGGGCCACUACAAUUCUUUCCGCCCCGACCUCGGUUUCUUUCUCCAUCUGGAUGACGUACUAAGAAUGGUCCGGGAGGACAAUAUCGAGACUCUCCCAAAACCUAAAGAAGACUACGAAGCCCUGUCCCGUACAGACCUUGAAUGUCACAAGUGCGGCAAGACCUUGAAGAAUAUCCCGCUCUUGAAGGAACACAUGGAAGAAGAAUGGGAGAUGCUGAAAGCCAACGCCAAGGUAUAGGACGACAAUCAACUAACACGGGUAGGAACGACGAGACGAGGGGGAUAGAAAAGCGGUCCUAUUUGAGAACUAGAAUGUAUUUAAGACGACUACUUUACGAACCUUUUUACGAGAUGAACAUGACGAUUACGACC